GGGCACCGCUGCUGUAUGGCCGCCUCCUGGUUGCUCUUCCCCGGGCCGCACUCUCUGUACCGACCACUCGGACUCCACAUCCCGCUGAGGAAGCUGACAGGGGGCACCUGCUGGGAGGUUGGAUCCAUUUUGAAGAGGUUUAAGCCAAGAACAGCCAAGGUUCUCCACCGCAGAAUGUCCUCACCAGCCUCAAAAGAUCAUCUAGAAGGCCAGAAGCCCCCACUCUUGGUGGACGACCACACGGUGGCUACGGUUAGAGAUUCCAAAAUAUUUGUGCUCCUGAGGGGCCUCCCCGGGAGCGGCAAGACCACCCUGGCCAAAGAGAUCGAACAAAAAUACAAGGACAACUCUCGACUGAUCUCCGCCGACCAGUACGAGAUCAAGCCCACCAGGAGCUCUGGUGGAGCCGAUUACUCCAAGCUGGACGCCGAGUUGACCACUUGCUUCGAGAAACGUGAAGCCAGUUUGGUGAUCCUGGACGACACGCACCAUGACCGGGAGCGGCUCGAUAAGCUCUUCGACAUGGCCAACACCUAUCACUUUGCGGUGGUCAUUCUGGAACCCAAGACGCCGUGGAGGUUGGACUGCGCCCAGUUGAAAGAGCGGAACCAAUGGAAGCUGUCGUUGGAAGAGCUGAAGAACCUGAGGCCCACGCUGGAGAAGGACUUCAUUCCUCUCUACUUUGGUUGGUUCCUGGCAAGGCGGGACGAGGAUUUCCUGAGAAAGACCAGCCAUGAAUUCCUGGAGCAGCUGGGGAACCUCAAGGCCUUCAAGAAGCGGGUGCAAGCAUUUGGUUACGAAGAGAAACAAAAAGUGGAUCUUCUGAAGCAUUUUGCCAAAUCGCCCAACAUUCUUCAUUGCACCGCCAAAUUCUGCGACUACGGGAAGGUUUUGGGGUCAGAAGAAUACGCCCAACAAGAGGCGGUGAAGAAGGCGUACUCCAAGGGUUACACCCUCCACAUCUCCGCUUUGUUCGUCACUCCCAGAACAGCCGGGGCACAAGUAGAACUCACGGCCGACCAGCUGCUGGUGUGGCCUCCAGAUGCCGAGAAAGAAGUGAUGCCCAAGGAUACCUUUCCCAGGGGCAGCCGCGCCCAUGUCACUCUGGGCACCGCGGCCGAAGUCCAGGAUGUUCAGACUGGCAUUGACCUCCUGGAGUUUGUGAAAUUGCAGCAGUUGGGGAAAGAAGCGGAGACUUUGGGGGAGUUGACCGGGCCGGUCGCGGGGAAAGUCUCUUACUAUGAUAACGGUAUGUGGAUGGUCAACCUGUCCAGUAAGAUCGAAGUCAAGUCCAUUUUUUCGGGUUAUUACGGGAAGCCCGGCGUCAGUGUCCCCUUACGGGGAAGCAAAAAGGGUCUUCUAAGUCAAUGUCAAAUUAUGUGAGUGGGGGCAAAGAUAGAGGUUGUUCCCGACCAAGUUCCGAAAUUUUUACUUCUUUUUAUUUUUUAUUUUAUUUUUUUAAUUUUUAUAACCUCCUGUGAGAGAGGAACAAUGGCGCCAUUUGCUUUCUCAUACUGUGCUCGCUAUAACGCUUACACAUCGCUUCGGUAGUAUCACGUAUCUGUUGCAUAAAACGUGCCCCUGUAGCAUUGUGUUAAUUAGAUGACGGUGGUAGUAGUACCUAGGUCAGUGUUUCCCAACCUGUGCGCCAUAGCUGUUGCCAAACACUGCAUUCCUAGACAGCCAAAGGCCUGUUUGCCUCUUUCAGAGGAUCCACACUGUCCCUGAAAGGUAAAUCAAGGCUUCCCUCUCAGCAGAAACUAUAUUCAAAUUACACUGAUAGUGGUCUCCAAACUAUGGAUCUCCAGAUGUCGCAAAACUACAACUCCCAGCAUGCUCGGACAGCCUUUGGCUGUCCGAGCAUGCUGGGAGUUGUAGUUUUGCAACAGCUGGAGGCACACCGGUUGGGAAACGCUGGCCUAGUUGAAUAUUUUUUUGAAUUUGCUGUUGGUUCCAGCAUGUUUUCCUAUGGUUGUUUUUAAUUUUAAUUUUUUUUGUCUUAAGUACCAAAGAUCAAUCCUGGUGUCUUGUAAGCGUAGGUUCACACUAGGGAAUCUCCCAAAUCCAUCGGCGCGAGGACCGUGCAGACCUGUACCGCUACCAUUGACAGCAAUGCAGUCCAUGUAGAAUAAUGACGAAAGAAUGAACAUGUUAGGACAGUCAAAGACUAGAGAGAUGAGGAGGAAGCCUUGAUUUACCUUCCAGGGACAGUGUGGAUCCUCUGGAAGAGGCAGACAGGUCUCUGGCUGUCCGGGCAUGCUAGGAGUUGUAGUUUUGCAACAUGUGAAACCACUGUUUGUAGUGUGGAGCCUCCAUAUUUCGAUCUGGAUGUAUUCUGGAUCCUUCGUAAGGGCAGGUUCACACUAUGUAAUCCAUCGGCGCUAGGACCGCACAGACCUACACCGCCACCAGAAUUUCUAUGGCAGAAAUUCCGCGGUGUGAAUUGGUUAACCAAAACACAUAUUCGCGCCAACGUUUCCUUCAUGCAGCAAAAUUUCCCAACUGGACUUCCGUAGUGUGAACCUAACCCUAAAGGCAACAAUAGGAGGCUGCUGCAAAGAGGGGCGGUAAUUCUCAUUGUGAACGGGCCCUUACUCAGGUUUGGCAGAGAGGCUAAGGCUAUGUUCACACGACUGAAUUUGCGUGUGGAAUUCUGAACAGAGGUUCUGCAGCAGCAGAGCCCUAUAGAAUUCAAUGGGAUUCUGCUGCACUGUUCACGUAGCAGAAUUUCCAUGCAGAAUGUAUGUCUAUUCUUUCUCUGCACGGAAUGCAUUGCCGUCUAUGAGACUGCGCUUCCCGAGCGGUCCUAGCGCCAGCAUGUUCUGCCAGCGCUCCGCAUUCAGGGGCAAUGUCCGCACAGAGAUUUUCCGUGCGGACAUUGCCCUGUGAGCAUAGCCUAAGGGUACGUUCAGACGAGCGGAUUUACAGUGGAUUUUACGCUGUGGAUCUGCCGCUGAAGGACCGCUGUAUUCUGCCUUUACAUGUGCCUGCUCGGAGCGGCAAUACACCGCUACGUGCAGACACACUGAAGCGAUGUGCGAGUCGCCGCGCAUUCGCGGUGUACUUGCACACAUCGCGGCCGCUCCCCCUGCUCUAUGAGCUAGGCCGAGAGCCGCUACGAUGUGCGAGUAUACUGCGCAUGCGCGCGGCGACUCGCACAUCGCAGUGUGUCUGCUCGUAGCGGCGUAUUGCCGCUCCGAGCAGGCACAUGUAAAGGCAGCAGGUCCUUUAGCGGUGGAUCCGCAGCGAAAUCCGCACAGAAAAUCCACUCGUCUGAACGUAUCCUAAGGGUAUGUGCACACUACAGAAUAUCUUCCUAGAGAAAUUUCCUGCCGGACAUUCCAUGUGAAUCAGGCAUCCCCGUAAUGCGUUGGUGCCAUAACCGUGCGGACGUGCCCUGUCCCUAUUGCCGGCAAUACAGGAAUUCGAAAUUCCGCAGCACGCACAAUGCAGCAGAAUCCUAUUGAAAGCAAUGGGAAGCUGCUGCACCGGAAUUUCUCAGGUGGAAUAUUUCAUAAUGUCUUUUGGCCCUAAGACUAGGACUACACGAUGGCUCUGGCCACGACGCGGGACGCACGGCCAAAGAUUGCAGUGUCGCUCAGUCUGAGGUCAAUGAGGUCGUGUUGUUACCCAACAGUUACCAGAAAUCGAUUGAUCAAUCCAUCCAGCGUGCGUUUCUGAUUGUCGCAACACAACAACAAGAUGGAGGGGGCGCAGCACAGCGAUCUUAGGCCGCGUCCGCCAUGUUCCCAUUGUAGUCGUCGCCCACGUCACGUAGGCCUCACACUUUUUACUUCAGAAUUAACUUAUUUCCUGCAGGAAUUGUCGCAACCUUCCACUUCCGGACCUCGGAGUAAAGCACUUAUAAGACUUCACGAAUCCUGUUAAUCCAUUAAAGGGGUACUCCGCUCCCAGCGUUCAGAACAUUUUGGUCCGAACGCUUGGUGCAGGCGGCGGGUGUCGGGACGCCACACCCCCUCAAUGCAAGUCUAUGGAAGGGGGCGUGACGUACGUCACGCCCCCUCCCAUAGCCUUGCAUUGAGGGGGCGUGGUGUGACGUCACGAGGGGCAUGGCUGUGACGUCACAACCCCAGCCGCCUGCACCCAGCAGUCCAAAUGAACCAUUAGUGCUGCACAGAGAUCGCGGGGGUCCGCUGCGAUCAGACAUCUUAUCCCCUAUCCUUUGGAGUACCCCUUUAAAAUCCCUCUCCGUGUGAGGUCGAUGUCAGGUCAAUCCUAUGCAGAACGUCUCGCGCGGUGUUGGACAUAUAGGGGGAGAUUCAUCAAGGCCUGUGCUGAGGAAAAGGUGACCAGUUGCCCAUAGCAACCAAUCAGAUCGCUGCUUUCAAAAAUGAAAGUAACAAUCUGGUUGCUAUGGGCGACUGCUCCGCUUUUCCUCUGCACAGGUUUUGAUAAAUCUCCCUUAUUGAGUAUGAAAGGUUCGCCGACCGAUUCCGUGAGGUCCAGAACGCUCCUCGUGUCCGUCGGCCAUUUUGUAUUUUGCUUACUGCACUUUUGUGUUGUGUUUUUCUACUACUGACUCCUCACGAGUUUUCAUUCGCUUUUAUGUAGCGUUUGGAUCUUCACAGCCGCCAUCUCCUUAUUUCUGGGCCUUAGAACCACGGCAAAUGUAUUCCUUCAUUCAUCCUUUCCAUACAGUAUAUUCCUAUUUUUUAUUUUGGACACCAUUUUGUGCGCCCCAUUCAGGAGGAGGAGAGCCGGGGCGCCGUGCAGGAGAUCCUUAGGAUAGGGGGAUACCUUUUUAUAUCCCGGAGUACUCCUUUAACAUUCUUCUGUGUUGGUGCAUUCGACUCCUGACUUAUUACGAGAGUUCAUUCACAGCAAUACAAAAUGAACACCUACAGUGGGGCAAAAAAGUAUUUAGUCAGCCACCAAUUGUACAAGUUCUCCCCUUAUAAAGAUGAGAGGCUGUAAUUAUCAUCAUAGGUUAUAACCUCAACUAUGAGACAGAAUGAGAAAAAUCCAUAAAAUCACAUUGUCACAUUACAUUUUUUUGCAAAUUAUGGUGAAAAAUAAGUAUUUGGUCAAUAAGAAAAGUUCAUCUCUUUUGUUAUAUCCCCUUUGUUGGCAAUGACAGAGGUCACAUGUUUUCUGUCUUCACAAGGUUCUCACACACUGUUGCUGGUAUUUUGGCCCAUUCCUCCACGCAGAUCUCCUCUAGAGCAGUGAUGUUUUGGGGCUGUCGCUGGACAAAAUGGACUUUCAACUCCCUCCAAAGGUUUUCUAUGGGGUGGAAAUCUGGAGACUGGCUAGGCCACUCCAGGACUUUGAAUUGCUGCUUGCGAAGCCACUCCUUCAUUGCCCGGGCGGUGUGUUUGUGAUCAUUGUCAUGCUGAAGGACCCAGCCACUUUUCAUCUUCAAUGCCCUUGUUGAUGGAUGGAGGUUUUUACUCUCACGACCUUUUAGAUCUCAAGAAACAUGGCCCCAUUCAUUCUUUCCUUUACACAGAUCAGUCGUCCUGGUCCCAUAGCAGAAAAACAGCCCAAAGCAUGAUAUUUCCACCCCCAUGCUUCACAGUAGGUAUGGUGCUCUUUGGAUGCAACUCAGCAUUCUUUCUCCUCCAAACACGACGAGUUGAGUUUUUACCAAAAAGUUCUACUUUUGGUUUCAUCUGACCAUAGGACAUUCUCCCAAUACUCUUCUGGAUCAUCCAAAUGCUCUCUAGCAAACUUCAGACGGGCCCUGACAUGUACUGGCUAAAGCAGGGGGACACAUUUGGUGCAUGAUUUGAGUCCCUGGAGGCGUAGUGUGUUACUGAUGGAAGCCUCUGUUACUUUGUUCCCAGCUCUCUGCAGGUCAUUCACUAGGUCCCCCCAUGGGGUUCUGGGAUUUUUGCUCACUUUUCCUGUAAUCAUUUUGACACCAUGGGGCGAGAUCUUGUGUGGAGCCCCAGAUCGAGAGAGAUUAUCAGUGGUCUUUCUAAUAAUUGCUCCCACAGUUGAUUUCUUCACACCAAGCUUCUUGCCUAUUGCAGAUUCAGUCUUCCCAGCCUGGUGCAGGUCUACAAUUUUGUUUCUGGUGUCCUUUGACAGCUCUUUGGUCUUGGCCAUAGUGGAGUUUGGAGUGUGACUGUUUGAGGUUGUGGACAGGUGUCUUUUAUACUAAUAACAAGUUCAAACAGGAGCCAUUAAUACAGGUAACAAGUGGAGGACAGAGGAGACUCUUAAAGAAGAAGUUACAGGUCUGUGAGAGGCAGAAAUCUUACUUGUUUGUAGGUGACCAAAUACUUAUUUUACACCAUAAUUUGCAAAUAAAUUCUUAAAAAAUCUAAUUUUAUGGAUUUUUUUUCUCAUUCUGUCUCUCAUAGUUGAGGUAUACAGGCCUCGUCUUUUUAUAUUGGUGGCCGACUAAAUACUUUUUUGCCCCACUGUAUAGCCUUCCCUUCCAAUCAAUAUAUUCCAUGGCCGAUAGAUCUGACCAAUCAGAAUG